AUGUUCUUGAUGCUUGAAGGUCCUAGUGUGGAGAUAAGCACGUGGUUUUAUGAGAUUGUGACAUCAAGCUGUCCUCCACAUCGGUAUGGUGAUUUGGAAAGAGAUUCUCAUCUUUUUGCUGUGCAUUUUCCUGCACUUACUGCAUCUGUUGUGAGGCUCACAGGGGCUGUUUGCAGCUGGGUUUCAUUGGUUUCUGUUGCCAUUGAUAUUGGCAUCUCUUCUAAGAAUUUGAUGCUAGAUUUUAGACUUAUGGGUUACUACCUCACUGCAUUUGAAAGCUGUGGGGCUCGCCUUUACGCAGCAAGUUCUGCAUUGUUUCCGGAUUCUGCAGCAAGUUCUGCAUUGUUUCCGGAUUCUGCAGCAAGUUCUGUGUUGCUUCCGGCUUUGUUUCCGGUUUUGUUGUUCUCCAUUGAUGUGUUGGUUUUUGCCGGCAAUACUUUGUCAGGUCUAUUUGAGGCCUCUCACCAUGACCUUCGUGUUGCACUUGAUCAUGGCAUCUUGGAGCUCACAUUGAGCCUUUUACUUCUGCUAUGCAGAAUUUCUUCUUCUUCAUCAAGAGUGAGGAAUGGGAAUAGGGAGGCGCUUACUGCAUUGAGGAAGAGGGCUCGGACAACAAAAACUAGUGUUGCAUCUCCUUUUGAGUCAAUAAUGAGAGAUAUUGGGGGUCCUGAAUCCAGGCCCUUGGUGAAGGAGGCUGAAGUUGCUAUUGCUUCAAAACCUUUUUCAGGAAAAUGUGGUGUUGAUAUGCUGAAGAAGGUAAAAUGUAAGGAAGCUGUUAGAUUAUUGGUUGCACCAGGAAAAGAUCUCCCGCCACCCUUGGGAGCUCAGAUAUUGUCAGGAGAAGCCUCAGACAAUUCAACAAGGAGGUCUGAGCAAUCACUGAUGUCCAGUGUCUCUAUGCUGAUGCUCUGCUGUUGUACAAUGCUUACAAGUUCAUACCCUGUGCAGGUAAAUGUUCCUGUUCGAUCAUUAUUAGUCCUUGUUGAGAGAGUAUUGAUGGUGGAUGGAUCGGUGCCACACGCUUUAUCAGCCUUCAUGACUUCCAUGCAGCAAGAGCUCAUAUGUUCAGAACUUCCAGUUCUGCACUUACAUAGUUUGGAACUCCUCAUUGCAAUCAUAAAGGGGAUGGCUGUAUGUCUUGCACAGGAAGUUGUCAACAAUGCAUUUGUUGAUUUGAAUCUCAUUACUAAUAAGAGUGUUGGAGCAUCUGCUAGUACUAACCUGAAGGCCUCUUCUGAAGCAUUGCUGCAGCCAUGCCAUAGAAAAAGGAAACAUGGUACUUCAACUGGAUAUCCUGAGGAACAGCAUGACCAUAGUGGUUUUCCAGUUGCAGCCCCUAAGAUCCAUGCAAUAUCUCCAAUUGCUGUGAAGAUAGCACUUGAGGCAUUAGAAGCACUUCUCACCAUGGUAUUUGUUUUGUGUGCAUGAAGAAUGUCUUAUCAGGGUAAAUAAAUAAAUUAGAAUUAAGUUAUCCUCAGACAUCCUAACAAUCAAUAGUUACAGCUGGCAGGUUUUUCCAUUUAAUCAUUUUAUGUUAUUGUUCUUGCAUUUGUCGUCACCCUACUGAAGCCGUAUCAAGUAGGCUGCUAGUGGAAAAGUUUCAAUUGUCCUA